UAUUUAUUAAUUAUUUUACAUGUUCGACCAUAGAAAAGAAGAGCAGACAAAGAAAGUUUCGUUUUCAGCUCUAAGAAUCAAUAAGCAUGCCGAUUUAUUCUUCGGAUUCGGACAAUGAAACAACGCCACGGACAAAGCUUUUCGGGCGGCAGAGACCAAUACGAUCUGUUCUAGGAGGAGGACAAGUUGCUGGUGUGUUACUAUGGGAAAACAAAAAAGUGUCAGCAGCACUUUCUUUCGGAAUGACAAUAUUAUGGUUUCUCUUUGAGGUUGCUGAGUACAAUUUUGUGACUCUCUUCAGUCACAUCUCCAUCACAGCAAUGCUCAUUGUCUUCAUAUGGUGCACCAGCGCAGAAUUUUUCAAUUGGAAUCCUCCCGCGAUCCCAAGAAGUAUUUUAGACAAAUCUACAUUCCAUGAAUUUGCUCUCACCUUCCAUGAAAGAUUCAAUCAGGCCUUGUCAAGUUUCGUUGACAUUGCAUGUGGAAAACAACCAGCACUCUUCUUCGUGGCAAUAUUUUGUCUCUACAUAUUAUCUGUGAUUGGAAACUAUUUCACGUUCUUGAAUUUCCUUUAUCUAUGUUUUGUUUGCUUGCAAACUCUGCCAUUUCUCUAUAAUAAAUACGAGGAUGAGGUGGAGAGGUACGCUGGUAAAUUGACCCGAGAAGUCAAGAAAAUGUACAGAAGGUUUGAUUCCAAUGUUCUUAACAAGAUACCAAGAGGAGUACCGGUGAAGGAGAAGAAAGGCAGAUGAAAUUUUAUUUUAAAGAUGCAAAUGUGUAAGAAUCGAAUGUAAAUGAAAAGGUGCUUAGUUUAUGCAUGUAGAAGCUUGUCAUGCAAAGCUGAUUCCAUGUGUUAAUAUGAACAAGAAUAAAAUUUCAAAUUGAUAGGCGUA